CACAGUUAUCCACCACACUGCAAUUAUAUUCCACUCUCACUCUUCAAACCUUAUUUUUCAUCUCUUUCCUCUUUAUUCUAAUUUUUAUUUUUUCCUCUGGCACUUUCUAACAAACAAACUCCAACUCGAAGAAAUGAAGGACAACCAGUUCCAUCACAAGCUUUUUCUCCUGCACUAAUCGGUUUCAAUUUUUUCUUUCUGGGGGAGAUCUGGUUGAUCCGAUCCACUUGGGGUUGCUAACCGCGUAACGGCACCGUUUUGUGUUUAGGUUUUCGGACUCAUUUUCUGAAACCUCGUACGAAACAUCCUCGGAAUCGUUUGAUGUUACAAAUGGAGACACUCGUUGUUGUGGCGCAGCAUAGGAACCAAUGUUACACCAGGCCGAAACCCCAAGGUCACGCUGAGUUUGGUUCCUCUUCACAUUCAAGAGACUUUAGGGCCAUAAAUUGCAGAAGUUUCCAAACGGGAUAUGGUGUUCUACCUACCCCACUCAAACGCCCCAAAACGCCGUUAACUCCUUCAAACCCUAACAAAACCCGUUGCAAAACCACCCCCAGUAGCGCCCCGGUUCCUAUCAACCACAAAAAGGAGAAGAAGGGUUUCAAUGUUGUUCCUAAUGGGGGCAUUUUGCUCUCUGAACUUUGGGCCGGGCCCACAUACUCGAGUUCUCCACCGCCAAGUUCGUUGCCUAUUCCGAAAUUUUCAGUGAGACCUAAGAGGAGUGUGUCACUUGAUCUCCCUGGUUCUUGCCGUGAAGUUGAAAUGCCGUUACGUGCUAACUCUGCGCCGUCCUCCCCUCGCGGGGAGCAUUCUCCUUGUGCUAGAGAUGGUCUCUUUGAUUCGGCGACGAACACGCUGCGUCGCAUCCUUAAUCUUAAUUUGGAUGAUGAAUGAGACUGGAGGAGCAAGAGGCUCCUGUAAAUAAAAAGAAAGUGCUUUUGGUUUAUGAAGUUGGGUUAGUGUUAGAUUAGGUGUGCAUAGAGUGACCAAAUAAAAGUAUGUAGUUUUAGUUUUGUGUAGCUUUCAGUAUGGUGGUGGUGCCCUUGACAAUGGUGGUUGAUGAUGGGGUGGCUGUAGUGGGUCCAUGGUUGGAGAUCAUGGAAAUGUGAGGCUCUUUUGGGAGCAGGGUUUGUUUUGUCACAUGGAUGAAUGGUUGCGAAGCUGAAUGGUGUGGUAACGGGUUGGAGUGGCAUGGAAUAGACUUGGAUAUGAUAGUGAAGAAAGUUGUUAAUAUAUAUA